CGAGGACAGGGUGGCAGGAAAUGACAGAAAACCUGAACACGGAACUGAAGCAGCAGCUCAUUUUCUUGCUCAGAAGUGGCAACAGCCAGAGAGGGAGCCAAGUGUGGCCCUGAGGAGCUGGGAGCCGCGAGCAGCGCUCACACUGUUGAAGAUGUGGAAGUCUGUAGUAGGGCAUGAUGUAUCUGUUUCCGUGGAGACUCACGGUGAUGACUGGGACACAGACCCUGACUUUGUGAACGACAUCUCUGAGAAGGAGCAACGAUGGGGAGCCAAGACCAUCGAGGGCUCUGGACGCACAGAACAUAUCAACAUCCACCAGCUGAGGAAUAAAGUGUCAGAGGAGCAUGAUAGUCUCAAGAAGAAGGAGUUGGAAUCAGGGCCCAAAGCAUCCCAUGGCUACGGAGGUCGAUUUGGUGUAGAAAGAGAUCGAAUGGACAAGAGUGCUGUGGGCCAUGAGUAUGUUGCUGAGGUGGAGAAGCACUCUUCUCAGACUGAUGCUGCCAGAGGUUUUGGGGGCAAAUACGGAGUUGAGAAGGACAGGGCAGACAAGUCAGCAGUUGGCUUUGAUUACAAAGGAGAAGUGGAGAAACACACAUCUCAGAAAGAUUACUCUCAUGGCUUUGGUGGCCGUUAUGGAGUAGAAAAGGAUAAACGGGACAAGGCAGCUCUGGGAUAUGACUACAAAGGAGAAACAGAGAAACACGAAUCCCAGAGAGAUUAUGCCAAGGGCUUUGGUGGUCAGUAUGGAAUCCAGAAGGACCGAGUGGAUAAGAGUGCUGUUGGCUUCAAUGAAAUGGAGGCUCCAACCACAGCUUAUAAGAAAACGACACCCAUAGAGGCUGUUUCUAGUGGUGCCCGUGGACUGAAGGCAAAAUUUGAGUCCAUGGCUGAGGAGAAGAAGAAGAGGGAAGAAGAAGAAAAAGCACAGCAGUUGGCCAAGAAGCAACAGGAGAGAAAGGCCCUGGUAAAGAUAAGCCACGAGGCUCAGCCGCCAGCAACCACUGUGGAAGAGCCAGUGGUGCCGGCCCCAUUGCCUAAGAAAAUCUCCUCACAGGUCUGGCCUCCACCAGGGAGUUGCUCUUCACCAGAGCCUGAGCCUGUGAGAACCAGCAGGGGACAUCCAUUGCCUUCCUUGCCCUCAAGGCAAGAACCCCCAGAGGAUGAUGAGGAGGAGGCCCCAGCUUUGCCCCCCAGGACUCUGGAAGGCCUCCAGGUGGAGAAAGAGCCAGUGUAUGAAGCAGAGCCUAUGUAUGAAGCAGAGCCUAUAUAUGAAGCAGAGCCUGAGCCUGAGCCUGAGCCUGAGCUGGAGCCAGAGCCAGAGCCAGAGCCUGAGAAUGACUAUGAGGAUGUUGCACAUAUGGACAGAAAUGAGCAAGAUGAUGAACUAGAAGGGGACUAUGAGGAUGUGCUGGAACCUGAAGAUGCCUCAUUUCCCUCCUCCGUGGCUGGAUCAUCAGGCUGUCCAGCUGGGGCUGGGAUCUCAGCGAGAGCCCUGUAUGAUUACCAAGGAGAGGGAAGUGAUGAGAUUUCCUUUGACCCAGAUGACAUCAUCACUGACAUUGAGAUGGUGGAUGAGGGCUGGUGGCGGGGACGUUGCCACGGUCACUUUGGACUCUUCCCUGCAAAUUAUGUCAAUCUUCUCCAGUAAAUGGCCCAGAUUGUAUUCUGCACUGUGAUUUCCCAUGAUCAAAGUGGCUCUGCCUCUACUUCCUCCCAUCUGCUGCAAGUGUCUAAUAGGAUGUCAUGAGUUGCCUGAGGUUCUAGAUAGAUUUCUCUCUCCUCCUCCAUUAGGGUUUGGGGCAGAGAUAACAUGAAGAUGAAGCUCUACUUCAUUGUCCUCUCUAUCCUGUGUGAGCUCAUAGACAUUUACUUUGUUGUCCCACCUCCUUCCCCAUGAGUAUUCCUUCUGUUAACGUAAAAAAAACAAUUGAAACCUGUAAAGAAUUUUUGUGAGUUUAUUUGAGCCAAACUGUCGACAUAUACCGGGAAGCAGAACCUCAACGAAUUGAGAUAGUGCUCCCGAGAAUGGCGGGGUUACACCCGUAUUUAUACAUUCCAAUCAAAGGAGGAACAUAGGUGGGUUACAUGAAAUUCAUUGGUGAUAGAUUAAGGAGGUGGGAUUAAUCAAAGCAGGGAAACCUCUGGGGUAGGAUAAAAAGUAAAAUGAUGGACACAUACUUAGGUGGGUGCAGGAACAAUUAACAUGAUGAUGAAGGGAUUUGUGGUAUCUGUCCUGGGGCCCAGCACAUUUGGUUGUGCCCCAGGGGCUCCAGAUACAGGGAAGUCACAAGUUACCCAGACAUUUCAAGGGUAUGUUAUCAUAGAUGCAAAAAGACAGAUAGGCUCAGUUAAGGUAAAGGUUGACCUUGUCAGUGAAGAUACUGGCCUAGGAUGUAACUGCCCACCAUAACUGCUUUUAGUUAAAGUUUAAUUUCAGACCAUCCUUUGUGGUUACUUUAGGUCUCAGGGUUUGUAAGACUGCCAUGCAGGCCUCUCCUGAGCUUGUCAGGUCAGCAUGUGGCCCCUUUCGUCCACACUUCUAACACCUCAAGCUCAGCCUUCUGCUUUUGUGAGCUCUGAGCUUCCUGGUUUGCUUACCUAGGAAGGUAUGUUUAGACUGCCUGGUUUACCUGGUUGUGCUGUUUGCUUACUUUCCUUCCCUGCAGAGAUACCUUUUCUCUGCUCAGUCUUAAAAUUGGAAAUAAAGUGGGACUAUGUUUCACCUCUAGGCUGAAGUACAUACUACUUUUUAUGCAUCUCUCAAUGGCCUUGACUCUCAUGGCUCCAAUUCUCCUUCCCUCUUUCAGGCAUAUCCAGAAGAUUCCCUCCUACCACUGACCAUCCUCCUGUGCCCUGAUGUCUAGCCUUUUCCUUAGGCUAUACUUAAACCCAGUCCUAAAAGAUCAGCCUGGGGAAUGGUGGUAAGGUGGGGAACAGGAGGCCAGGUAGAACUUCUACUGGCUUCAGCAGUUGUGAGAGGCCAGCCACCUUCUGCCUGGGAGUAAUGACUACACUAUUCUAGGAGAUGAAGAUUCUUGAAGAAGCAGCACAAAUUAGAGACUAGGAAGGAGGAAAAGGGAUAUUUGGCAACAACAAAAAAAAGACAAAAGCUAAAGGAACACAGACUUCAA